CUGACAUGCGGUGCGCACUUGUAGCUCCCCAAAACCCGGAGUCAGCAUCUCUGCGUCCGUUACGCACAGCUGGAGGGACGGUCCGCAGCGGCGAGGGGCCGUGCAGCCGGCGCUACAGUCCUUCCACAGGUUGAAGCUGCCUGCUGUGAAACAUGCAACACACUCUGUGUCCCUGCCUGUGUCUCCUCCCUGUCAGCGGCGUCUUCUCGCCACAUAACGCAGCUGGAACUAUCAAGGAAAAGCAAUGCAUCUGACAUAACUUCCUGUUUGGAGUCAAGACCACGAGGGCAAUGAACGUGCACUCGCCUCCGAGGAGGAGACUCAAGCGCAGUCGCGUCCUCUUCUUCAUCUCGGGUGUGCUGCUGUGUUUCGUCUACACGCUGACUCUCAAGGCCAGGCUGACAGAGCCGCGAGCCUCCGCCCAGACGGAUGACGCUCUUGGAGCACAGGGGGGUGAUGGUGAUGUUGUGGAGGUCAACAUUCGGGAGGUGAUGGCAUCCAAUGAGACGGAGGAGGAGAGUGUCUCACCUGAGAGCACCAAACCUCCUCUGGUGAUAAUCGUCAACAGGACUGAUAUUGAACAGUGUAUUUAUGUCGAUCCUCAACCUCCCAAACCUCCUCCAACUCCACCGCCACCAACCACAUCAGCUACCCCUCGUCCUCCACCCCGGCCCCCUCACAGGCAGGGUGAUUACCCACAUGACAUCUUCUCAGUGGAGCAGCGGCGACAAGGCUGGGUGGUCUUGCACAUCAUAGGCAUGAUCUAUAUGUUUGUCGCCCUGGCCAUUGUCUGCGAUGAGUUCUUUGUUCCCGCGCUGGAGGUCAUCACCAACAAGCUGCAGAUUUCAGACGACGUUGCCGGGGCCACCUUCAUGGCAGCUGGAGGUUCUGCCCCUGAGCUCUUCACCUCGCUGAUCGGUGUCUUCAUCUCCCACAGCAACGUGGGCAUUGGCACCAUCGUGGGCUCGGCCGUCUUUAACAUCCUUUUUGUGAUCGGCAUGUGUGCCAUCUUCUCCCGGGAGAUGCUGCAUCUGACCUGGUGGCCGCUCUUCAGAGAUGUAACCUUCUACAUCCUGGACCUCAUCAUGCUCAUCAUCUUCUUCCUGGACAGCAUGAUCCUGUGGUGGGAGAGCGUGUGCCUGGUGCUGGGCUAUAUCAGCUACGUGAGCUUUAUGAAGUUCAACAGUCAGAUUGAGCAGGCGGUCAAGACCCAGAUCAACAAGCACAUGAGUAUCGUCAAGGUGUGGACCGCAGAGGAGCCAGAGAAGGAAAGUGAAGCUCCACCAGCACCUGCUCCUCCUGCUGCUCCCCCUGCUGCUGCUCCUCCUCCUGCUCCCUCUGCUGCUCCUACUCCUCCUCCUGCAGCACCAAAAGCUGAAGAUAAAUCCAAACAAGAUGCUCAACAGCGGAGCCCUCAACGCAACAAACCGCCAUCAGAGUCUCAAGAGGACAGAGCGAGACUCAGGGUGCGUCCCGUUCUGCAGCGAGGCGGCAGCUCAGCCUCCCUCCACAACACCUCCCUGAGGAGCACCAUCUUCCAGCUGAUGAUCCACACACUGGACCCUCUGGGAGAAGAGGCAGCUCUUAGAGGAGCUGUGAAAACCCCUGGGCCGAGGAAAGUCAGGAGAGAGACAUCCUUUAAUGGUGAUGUCAGAGGGGAGGGGUCAGUGCAGAGGAAAGCAAAGAACAAAAUAAAGCCUCUGAACGUCACGGUCACGGGCAAAUUACAGAGCAAGUUGCAUCACCGACACUUUGAAGAGGUUGACCACAAGCCAACAGAGCCGCCCAGUGCAGUUGCUGCCGGUGCACCAGGGGGCGCUGCAGCCGAGCCGUCCACCUCACAGCCUCAAAAGACGGAAGGGACAAGUGAGAAGACGGACCAACAGCCAGAGGAGACAAAGGCCGCAGCGGGGGGUUCAGAGGGCUCGGAGGACAGCGAUGAGGAUGAUAGCGGCGGCGAGGAAAGCAGUGACUCCGGUGAGAGUGAUGGUGAUGAUGGGGAUGAUGAUGAAAACAAGGAGGAAGAGGAGGAGGAGGAAGAGAAUGAACCGUUGUCUUUAGAGUGGCCUGAAACCAGACGCAAGCAGGCCACCUACCUGUUCCUGCUGCCCAUCGUGUUCCCGCUGUGGCUGACGUUGCCGGAUGUCCGCAACCUGGCAUCCAGGCGGUAUUUUUCCAUCACGUUUAUAGGCUCCAUCCUGUGGAUCGGAGUUUUCUCCUACCUGAUGGUGUGGUGGGCUCAUCAGGUGGGUGAGACUGUGGGCAUCUCAGAGGAAAUCAUGGGCCUGACCAUCCUGGCGGCCGGGACAUCAAUCCCUGACCUGAUCACCAGUGUUAUCGUGGCCCGAAAAGGUCUGGGAGAUAUGGCCGUGUCCAGCUCAGUGGGCAGUAACAUCUUCGACAUCACUGUAGGGCUGCCAGUCCCAUGGCUCAUGUACACUCUGCUACACAAGGGCGAUCCGGUAACCGUCCGCUCCAACGGCCUAUUCUGUGCCAUCGUGCUGCUCUUCCUCAUGCUCCUUUUCGUCAUCAUCUCCAUCGCCGCCUGUCGCUGGAAGAUGAGCCGAAUGUUGGGUCUCACCAUGUUCGUACUGUACUUUGUGUUCCUCGUGCUCAGCGUCAUGCUGGAGGAUCGCAUCCUCACCUGCCCCGUUUCAAUCUGAGCUGACGGGUCAAACAUCACCGCUGCACAUGACUCAGUACGUCCAGACAGCAUCGAUACUGUAUGUAGGAUGUGUUAGAUAGAAGAACCAAGCCUGGUGUCAAACGGCUGACUUGGCGCACAAUAGAAACAUUUAACGAGCAGUGAUGUUAAAGGAAAAGUCCACCCUCAACAUAGUGUUACAUUAUUAGUCUAUACACAUUUCCAGCAGCUACUCUGUCAUAACUGUGUGCACAGUCACUCUGUUCAUUUAAUACUGCACCAUAUUUACCCUCCUCCAUUUUACUUAAAGGAGCUAUAUGUAAGAAAUAUAAAGCAAAUAGUCAUA